AUGUCUGCAAAUUUUAAUCCUGGUACUUUACGAACAUUAAAUCGUACUCCCCAACAAAGUUCUAGUUCUUCAACAAUGAAUGAAUCAGGUAGUUCUGUUAUUGAUACAAUACGAAAACGUAUGCAACAAAUGAAAGAUGAGUUGGCUAAAUCUCAAGAUGAAUUGCAUGCAUAUCAGAUUGAACGUGAACGUGAAAAACAUGCACGAGAACAAGCUGAAGGUGAAGUAGGUGGUCUUCAACGUCGUAUACAAUUAGUUGAAGAAGAUCUUGAACGUACCGAAGAACGUCUUACACAAGCUACACAAAAACUUGAAGAAGCUUCAAAAGCAGCUGAUGAAAGUGAACGUGGUCGCAAAGGUCUCGAACAACGUACAUACCAGGAUGAUGAACGUAUUGCUACACUUGAACAGCAAUUGGCCGAAGCACAGCUUAUAGCUGAGGAUUCCGAUCGAAAAUAUGAUGAGGUAGUACGUAAAUUGAAAGUACGUGAAGGUGAAUUGGAAAGACUUGACGAUCGUGCACAAAGAUUUGAAGCUAAAAUUGCUCAAUAUGAACAGGAUGUGAAACAUUUGCAUUAUGAAUUACGUUCGAAAGAAGUGUUUUUAACCAAGGUAAAAUAUUUUUUUAAAUCUUUUAGAAAAAUUCUUGAACUCGAAGAAGAACUCAAAGUUGUUGGUAACAAUAUGAAAUCACUUGAAGUUUCUGAACAAGAGGCCAUACAACGUGAAGAAAGUUAUGAAGAACAAAUUCGUGAUUUAACCACACGCCUUAAAGAUGCUGAACAACGUGCUGAUCUUGCUGAACGUACCAUGGCCAAAUUGCAAAAGGAGGUCGAUCGUCUCGAAGGUAAUAUCACAAUAAUAAAAUAG